AUGUCCGCAUUGUUCAAGUUCAGUGCCCUGCUGCAGGUUAUUCUGCUGCUCAUAUGCUCUAGCACGUAUGUGCAUGCACAGUGGCCCUCGCUGCUCGAGCGCUAUAAGGAGCACAGUGUGCUUGGCAUCUUCUGGAAGUUUGCCAGGAUAGGUGAGCGCGCUAGCCCGUACGUCUCAAUCGCUUGCAUCGCCAUGGCGAUCAAUCAGAUCAAUAGUUGA